AUGCCCCCCAAGAAGAUUGACGCUUCUACCAACGGCGCCUCCGCCAUCCUCUCCCAAGCCGACAUUGACUACUUGGUCACAGUUCUCAAAUCGGUCGAGGGUUUCAGCCCCGACUGGCGCACUAUUGCUCCGGCUGUCGGCAUCGCUCGCGCUGACAAUGCUGGCACCAAGUUCCAGAACAUCCUCAAGAAGAUGGGAAUGAAGCUCGUCAAGGGCAAGUUCGUCGCAUUGGACGACGCCGCCGCCCAGCCCACCGCCCAGCCCAAAAUCAUUUCCUCCAAGGGUCGCAAGCGUAAGGCCACCUUUACUCCCGCCGACGCCGCCACCGACGACGAGCACAUCGACAAGAAAGCCAAGCCCGAGUCCGAUGAUGAUGACGAGUAG